ACCAUCAAUUGCCAUAAUAUUUAUAACACUCUAGUCUCUUGUUCCUACCCUAACAACAUAUACAUAUAAUACUAAGAAUUAAAUAUGCCUUCACUCUCCGAAGCCUACCAUUCCCACCCUGUGGAGGUUCACCACCACAAGCACCCUGAUUUCAAGUCCCUUCAAGAAUUACCGGAUUCGUACGCUUGGACACACCCAGGAGAUCAUGCACUCGCCAUCAAUACUACUUCUUCCAAUUUUGGUAGCGUUCCGGUCAUUGACCUAUCUGACCGGAACGCAACCAGGCUUAUAGGGCAUGCAUGCAGGACCUGGGGUGCUUUCCAGGUCGUGAAUCAUGGGGUGCCCUUAAGCCUCCUUGACCACAUUCAGUGGGUCGGUCAGACUCUCUUCUCACUCUCGACUCACCAAAAGCUCAAAGCCGCUCGCUCUCCAGAUGGAGUGACCGGCUAUGGCCUCGCACGCAUCUCCUCCUUCUUCCCCAAGCUCAUGUGGUCCGAGGGCUUCACCAUCCUUGGAUCCCCUCUUGAACAUUUCCAAAAACUCUGGCCCCAGGAUUACGCUAAAUACUGUGAUAUUGUCGUGGAAUAUGAUGAAACCAUGAAAAAGCUAGCGGGAAAGUUAAUGGGCCUCAUGUUGGACUCUCUCGGCAUUUCAAAGGAGGAACUCAAAUGGGCCAGCCCCAACAAGGGCCCAUUAUUCAAAGACACAUGCGGUGCCUUGCAAUUAAACUCCUACCCGACUUGUCCGGAUCCGGAUCGGGCCAUGGGGCUCGCCCCGCACACCGAUUCCACCCUCCUCACAAUCCUUUACCAAAACAACAUAAGCGGGUUGCAGGUUCACCGGGAGAGCACCGGGUGGGUGACGGUGCCGCCGAUCCCUGGUGCUCUCGUGGUAAAUGUGGGCGACCUCUUCCACAUUUUGUCAAACGGGUUAUACCCGAGUGUGCUCCAUCGGGUUCUGGUGAAUCGGAGCAAGCAGCGGUUUUCGGUUGCGUACCUAUAUGGGCCCCCAUCGAAUGUGGAGAUAUGUCCACAUGCGAAGCUAGUGGGCCCAACUAGGCCUGCUCUCUAUAGGGCAGUGACUUGGAAUGAGUACCUUGGCACCAAAGCAAAGCACUUCAAUAAAGCACUCUCUUCCUUUCAACUAUGUGCACCUAAAAACGGUUUGUUUGAUGUAAACGAGUCUCACAAAAAUAGUGUCCAAGUGGGUUAACAUAGCUUUUCACCUUUUAGAACCUUCCCUCUUGCAUGGUCUAUUUUUGUACCAAGCAUACACUAAAACCGAGAUAUAUAUAUAUAUAUAUAUAUAUAUUGCUUCUUAACUUGAACUACUAUUUGGAUGUUGUGGCCAAACAACCAA